ACAUUUUCUCAUACACACACUUACACACACACACACACACUCACCGAGACUCUGAGAUUUUCCCGAACUCACACAGCGAUGGACGGAACCAGCGAACGGCGGAGUUUAGGAAGGUAACCUGGCGCUCCGACCCCCGAGACAGUGUCCGUUGUUCCGCUCCAGAGAUCCGCUCAGAUGCCGGGCCUGAUGGGCCGCGUGAGGUCGGUGUUCCGCCGCGAGCCGGAGGACUGGCACCUCAGCGACGCCGCCGCCUUCGACUUCUCCGAGGACCUGGAGGACGACGAGGCGCCCCGGUUCAGCCAGCUGAAGGUGGUGGUGUCAGGAGAGGCGGACGAGUUCCCGGCGGCCAACGGGUCGACGGUCACGCGUGUGUUGGACGAUGACGACUCGCUCCUGGGCUCCUCGUCGGGUCUGGUGCCGGAGGCGUGUGAAGGGUGCCGGAGGAGUCGAGAGAGCGAGCGGCGCCGGAGGAUCAUGAGGAAACUGGGCAUCGCUGCUCUGCUCUACUUCCUGUUCAUGGUGGGCGAGCUGAUAGGUGGGUACGUGGCCAACAGUCUGGCCAUCAUGACGGAUGCGCUGCACAUGCUGACGGAUCUGAUCGGGAUCGUCGUGUCUCUGCUGGCGCUCUGGCUCUCCGCUAAACCACCGACACACAGGUUCACCUUCGGCCUCCAUCGGCUCGAGGUGUUGUCUGCAGGUAUUAGUGUGUUGCUGAUCUAUAUCCUGACGGGUGUGCUGUUGAACGAAGCGGCUCAGAGAACGAUUCAUCAGGACUUCACCAUCGACGGAGACGUGAUGCUGAUCACUGCAGCGGUGGGAGUCGCCGUCAACCUGCUGAUGGGCUUCCUCCUCAAUCAGUCUGGUCAUCUUCAUUCCCACGGCCAUGGCCACUCUCACGGCCACGCCCACUCUCACGGGUCGCCGGACCGGGGUCAGGGGUCACAGGGUCAGCAGGGUCACGGGAGUCUGGCGGUGCGGGCCGCCUUCAUCCACGCGCUGGGAGAUCUGGCUCAGAGUGUGGGCGUUCUCAUCGCCGCCUACAUCGUCCGCUUCAAGCCGGAGUAUAAGCUGGCGGAUCCCAUCUGUACGUACCUGUUCUCAGUGCUGGUGCUGUUCAGCACAAUCCACAUCAUCAGAGACACCGGCAUCAUUCUACUGGAGGGAGUGCCUCGUCAUGUGGAUGUGUGUGUUCUGCGUGCGGAUCUGCUGAAGCUGCAGCAUGUGGAGUGUGUGGAGGAGCUGAAGCUCUGGGCUCUCACAGCCGACAGAACCGCCGCCAUCGUUCACCUGAGACUCGUGCCGGGGAUUGUGGGUAACUGGGAGGAAGUGCAGUCGAAAGCACGGCACCUGCUGAUGAUGUCACACGGCGUGACGCACUGUACGGUUCAACUACAGACGCAGAGACAAGAGACGCCACAGUCCUGCACACACUGCCACUCUCUCUCUCGCUGACACACACACACACACACAGAGAGGAGAGAGAGAGAGAGAGAGACAGGGGGCGCCACAGUCCUGCACACACUGCCUCACAUCCAGUGCCUGAACACCUCUCUCUGACACACACACACACACACACACACACAAGGAGAGAGAGAGAGAGAGAGAGAGAGAGACGGGUAAAGUGACAUCGACCCAGCAGGUUUACUGAUUGUCUAGCAGCUUUUCUAUAAUAAAUAUUGACCUCAUUUUCAUAAACCUUCAAUACAGACGUGCUCACUGGAGGUGUGUAUUAGGACCUGCUAUAAUGUGUGUGUGUGUGUGUGUGUGAAUCUCAUGAGAACGGCUCACUUUAAACACCACAUUACAGCACAACACAAGCUUGUCUGAGUGAAGGACUCGUGCGCAGCUGUAAUCACACUGACGCCUGUUUACACCAUAAAAAUGAAUGUAAUGAGUUUGGCUUUAUUUCUCAUUACUAUAAUGUUAUUAAAAUUAGCGGAAAUGAAAGGCAGUGCGACACACACGUGAUGUAUACAACUUCACAAUUUAAAGAAUAUAUUUAUGUUUUCACAUUGAAUUUGGUGGGGUGCUGAAAUACAGAAGAGAUGCUAAUCUAGAGUUUAAGGGAUGUGUGACCUGAACCGCAUUCAUGAGAUUCACACACACACACACACACACACUCAGUGUCUCAACACAACACACUCAAUAUUUCAUACGUCUAGAAUUCAUCAAUCGUAGUGACACGACAUCAUCACCGUAACACACUCACUCCUGUAGUUGUGUAUGUUUCAGACAUUCGUCAUCAUAUCCUGCAGGUGUGUGUGUGUGUGUGUGUGUGUCCACAUGAUCCCUUCACACACUCAGAACCACACAAUCUUCCUUUUAUCUUUUUAUUUCGUGUAUUUUUCCCUCAAGAUGCAGAUAUGAUUAUUAUUUAACUAUCAGUGCCUCAUCAGUACAUCAGGCCGAUAUGCCUUUUUAUUAUUUGUGUUUUUUUUAUGGUUUUGUUGUUUUCUGAAACAAGCUUUGGAUGGUUUUCUCUGUGUUUGCAGUAUUUGUUGGUUGAGGAUGAUGGAGUUACACUGAAGCGCUUGAUAACUUGAAAUAAAUACAUUUUUAAUGUCUGCA